AUGGAGAAGUACGAGAAGGUGUUGUGUCUGGGCAGGGGAGGAGCAGCGGACGUGUUCCUGAUGAGGCACGUGGAGGGCAAGAGCCUGCACGCGGUGAAGAGGAUCAAAGUCGAGGACACACGGACGGCCAAAACCCAGCGGGCACUUCUCCAGGAGGCUGAGAUCCUUAGUCGGUUAGAGCACCCUCACGUGGUUAAAUGCCACGAAGCCUUCGCCAACACUGACGGAUUCAUUUACAUCGUGAUGAGCUACUGCGACGGGGGGACGUUAGAUGACAAAGUGAAGGGGAGGAAACCAAUGGAGUUUUUCCCAGAGGGUACUGUGAUGGGGUGGUUUGCACAGGUCGCUGUGGCUUUAAAUUACAUACAUGGGGCUAGAAUACUGCACAGGGACAUCAAAACAUCAAAUGUACUGCUAACAAAGGAAGGAGUGGUCAAGUUAGGGGACUUUGGGAUAUCCAGAGUAAUGACCGACACAGCGGACAUGUCGUCCACAUGUGUCGGGACACCCAUCUACCUCAGUCCUGAGCUGUGCCAGGAUGUCCCGUACAGUUCCAAGUCAGACAUCUGGGCUCUUGGCUGUCUGCUGUAUGAGAUCUGUGCUCUCAGACCUCCGUUUGCGGCCACAAACCUCCUGAGUCUGUUCUACAAGAUCACCAAAGGAGAGUAUGACCCUGUGCCGAGCAGCUUCUCUGACGGCGUCUCCUCUUUGAUCCAGAGAAUGCUCUGCCUCAACCCAGAAAACAGGCCCACUGCUGCCUGGAUGCUUGACACUGCCUAUGUGCAAGACCACCUGGAGUCUGUCAAACACACAGUGACCCACCGUGGUCAUGUGAAAAGCUGUGGCACAAAGAAAGAAGGAAACAACUCAGACACCACACCACAGCCAGGUGUGCUCAGUCAGUCCCACCCAUGGGAAGAAAAAGAGCACAACCCGGAGGCCGGUUCCAGUGAUGUGGAGGACAAGUGCGAUGCUUUGUGUGUUGGAGCACAAAACCACUGUGACUAUCCGGAGGACUUUGAUGAAGAUGAACGUUUUUUCUCUCUUGAGGAGCGCAGUGAGCACUUAGGGUCGCCAAUGAGGAGUGAUUCUACUGAGCCUCUUGUAUUUUCAGAGGCUUCUGACGUCUCAGAGCAGGUUGAAUAUCCAGAUGACUUCGAGGAGGCCGAUGUGGACGAAGAAUAUGAGGAUGAAGCCGCCUCAGGUCAAAGUGCUGCUCCUCAUGAUGAUGCGGUGGAGGAGGAGUUCCGGCUGUGCGAUGCGGGAGGAUUGACCAUCACACUGAAAGCACUGAAGGAAAAGGGAUAA